AUGUACAUUCACGAUGGUGGCGAAUUUGCCUCUCUGGAGAGGCAGGCUGAAACUUAUCAGGCGAUCGUUGAUGCCCUGCGGGAGACAGGGCAGUACUCCUUCGAGGUCGUUCUUGAUGGCAAAGGCGAAGCCUGCGUCCCGUCACUCUGCCUUGGGUCGGCAGCUCCCGAAGAAGGUGUAGCCGGCACCCACCUCCUCCAGUUGGCCUUGUUCGGAGAAGGGGUCUCGCUGAGUGCAACGAUGUCCAAGUUGUAG